AUUUCCCAAUUUUCCCCUGUUCUUUCUUCUCUCGUGCCGGCUCAUUUUUUCACAACUCCCCAUUGAAAACCUCUUCUUCAUUCUUCUUCAUCAACCAAAAGCUCAGGAGAGGAGUAUGUAACUGAAAUGUCAGAUCAUGUAUGGGACAAUCAAGUGCAACCUAAUUAAAGAUUCAGUGCUUUAAUCCCUGUGACGAAAAGCAUGGUGCCUGAGGUUUGUAUAGCUUUGUGGAUAAUGAUGUACCUGUGGAGAAGUAUGCAAGCUGAAUGAUUAUUGCGAUUCUUUCUCUUGACAGAUGUGACAAUUGGCAUCAUUGAGCUUUCCAUUUUGGAAAUAAGAACGUGAAUUGCUGUUGAGUAAGGCUGUGUGGGAUCCACUACCAAGCCUUACCAAAUACUUGAUUGAAGUAUAUUUAGAAAGGCUGAUAGAUAAGAACUGAGGUAAUGGGAUCUCAAGGGGGUGUUGGUAAGAGUACUGUUGGUGGAACUCAAAUCCAUGAGCCCAAGUCAAGCUCAUUGGCAAGGCAAGGAUCUUUAUACAGUCUAACUCUUGAUGAGGUUCAGCACCACUUAGGGGAUUUGGGGAAACCAUUAAGCAGCAUGAACCUUGAUGAGCUUCUUAAGACUGUCUGGACUGCUGAGGCUAACCAAGGAACUGGAGGUGUUGAUUAUGGGGUACAUCAGCAUGGCCAGCUACCUUUGGCUUUAAAUCGCCAAUCAAGCCUUACAUUGUCUAGGGAUCUGAGCAAGAAGACUGUGGAUGAGGUCUGGCAAGAUAUUCAACAAGGACAGAAACACAAUUAUGAGAGGAAAGCUCAGGAAAGACAAAUUACUCUUGGUGAAAUAACACUGGAGGAUUUCUUGGUUAAGGCAGGAGUGGUUGCUGAACCAACUCCAUCAAAGAAUUCUGGUUCAAGUUUAGGGGUUGAUGCUGUUGUACUUCAACAACAGAAUGUUCCACCACAAUCUCAGUGGACACAUUAUCAGAUCCCUUCAAUUCAUCAGUCACCACCACCUCAGCAGCAGCAGCAGCAGAACAUUAUGCCUGUUUUUAUGCCUGGCCAUCCAGUUCAACCGCAGCUUACAAUUGGUUCAAAUCCUAUGAUGGAUUCUGCAUAUCCUGAAACUCAAAUGACCAUGUCCCCCUCCACUUUGAUGGGCACUCUCUCUGAUACACAAACACCAGGAAGGAGGAGGGUUGGUUCUGGUGAUGUGAUACAAAAGACUGUUGAAAGGAGACAGAAGAGGAUGAUCAAGAACCGGGAAUCUGCAGCACGUUCACGAGCAAGAAAACAGGCAUAUACACAUGAGCUGGAGAACAAGGUUACACGCCUUGAAGAGGAGAAUGAAAGGCUUAAGAGGCAGAGGGAGAUGGAGAAAGCAUUAACAACUGUGCCACCACCAGAGCCGAAGUAUCAGCUGCGAAGAACAAGUUCAGGCCCUGUUUGACACCAAUACAUCAUCAUACAGAUAUUUGUUAUGCCAUAGAGAUUUUGCUUGCAAGGUGUUGUUCAUACCAUCCUAUGCAAAUGCUGGCCUUUGGAACCGUCAGUGCUUUUUUACCCCUUUCUUUUUUUUUUUUGUACAUUUUGUAGUUUUUAACCUGGAGAAAUUUGUUCCUUUUUGGAUGAUUACAUGGAAAUAUAUGACCUUGUAGUUUGGUUACUUGCACCCU